AUGGAUUUAUCUUCUGUAAUUACACAAGUAGCAAAGGAAGAUGAGACGAAUACAGCUCGCCCAGCGGCUCUGAAUUGUCAAACACGAGCUCGUGAAGGCAAAAAGCGAAGACUUUUAUCACUUCUUUUAUGUUGUCUUGGCUAUAAACGACAUCAACCAAAUGUUUAUUUACCCACAAAUGAAAUUCCUGUUGAUAAUGAAUCAUCUGAAAAAUAUUUAUUACCUGCUUUACGUGAAACGGAACGGAUCAAAAAUUGUCUCGUAAUUGAUCUCGAUGAAACACUUGUUCAUAGUUCAUUCAAAGUUUAUGUAACAAAGCGACCACAUGUUGAUGAAUUUCUUCAGCGUGUGGGAGAAUUAUACGAAUGUAUUUUAUUCACAGCAAGUUUAUCAAAGUAUGCUGAUCCAGUUGCCAAUUUACUUGAUCCAAAUAAUAUUUUUCGUGCUCGACUCUUUCGAGAGUCAUGUACUUAUUACAAUUGCAAUUACAUAAAAGAUCUUAGUCGUCUAGGACGUGAAAUUCGUAAAGUUAUUAUUAUUGAUAAUUCUCCUGUAUCAUAUAUAUUUCAUCAGGACAAUGCUGUGCCUGUAUCGAGCUGGUUCGAUGAUAUGAAUGAUACCGAACUACUUACACUAAUACCAAUAUUUGAACGUUUAGCGUUAGUUGAUGACGUUAUACCGGCACUUCAAGAUCUUCAUCGACGAUGUUGA